GGGAGUCUGCCCGUGAGGGGCCGGGAACCUGAGUCCCACUGCCCCUGGUCAUGGGGUAAAGGAAUCCGAGUCUAGGAAGACCGCUUCUCACCCUCCUCUCAGCCUUGCUUUUUUCCAUGGGGACGGAGUUUCCACUAUAUGGAAAUGCCUGCAUUAGGAACCGUAAAAGUUUGCCUGCCCGCGUCUUAUUUUCAAGAGAAGACCUACAGCAAGAUGAAUAAUCCAGCUAUCAAGAGACUAGGAAAUCACAUUAUCAAAUCUCCCGAAGACAAGCGAGAAUACCGUGGGCUAGAGCUGGCCAAUGGUAUCAAAGUACUUCUCAUCAGUGAUCCGACCACGGAUAAGUCAUCAGCAGCACUUGAUGUGCACAUAGGUUCAUUGUCAGAUCCUCCAAAUAUUGCUGGCUUAAGUCAUUUUUGUGAACAUAUGCUAUUUUUGGGAACAAAGAAAUACCCUAAAGAAAAUGAAUACAGCCAGUUUCUCAGUGAGCACGCAGGAAGUUCAAAUGCCUUUACUAGUGGAGAACAUACCAAUUACUAUUUUGAUGUUUCCCACGAACACCUAGAAGGUGCCCUAGACAGGUUUGCACAGUUUUUCCUGUGCCCCUUAUUUGAUGAGAGUUGCAAAGACAGAGAGGUGAAUGCAGUUGAUUCAGAACAUGAGAAGAAUGUGAUGAACGAUGCCUGGAGACUGUUUCAGUUGGAAAAAGCUACGGGGAAUCCCAAACACCCCUUCAGCAAAUUUGGGACAGGUAACAAAUAUACUUUAGAGACUAGACCAAACCAAGAAGGCAUUGAUGUAAGACAGGAGCUACUGAAAUUCCAUUCUACUUAUUAUUCAUCCAACUUAAUGGCUAUUUGUGUGUUAGGUCGAGAAUCUUUAGAUGACUUGACUAAUCUGGUGGUAAAGUUAUUUUCUGAAGUUGAGAACAAAAAUGUCCCACUGCCAGAAUUUCCUGAACACCCUUUCCAAGAAGAACAUCUUAAACAACUUUACAAAAUAGUGCCCAUUAAGGAUAUUAGGAAUCUUUAUGUGACUUUUCCCAUACCUGACCUUCAGAAAUACUACAAAUCAAAUCCUGGCCAUUAUCUUGGUCAUCUCAUUGGUCAUGAAGGUCCUGGAAGUCUGUUAUCAGAACUGAAGUCAAAGGGCUGGGUGAAUACUCUUGUUGGUGGACAGAAGGAAGGAGCCCGAGGUUUUAUGUUUUUUAUCAUUAAUGUGGACCUGACUGAGGAAGGAUUAUUACACGUUGAAGAUAUAAUUUUGCACAUGUUUCAGUACAUUCAGAAGUUACGUGCAGAAGGACCUCAAGAAUGGGUUUUCCAAGAAUGCAAGGACUUGAAUGCUGUUGCAUUUAGGUUUAAAGAUAAGGAGAGGCCACGGGGCUAUACCUCUAAGAUUGCAGGAAUAUUGCAUUAUUAUCCCCUAGAAGAAGUGCUCACGGCUGAAUAUUUACUGGAAGAAUUUAGACCUGACUUAAUAGAGAUGGUUCUCGAUAAACUCAGACCAGAAAAUGUCCGGGUUGCAAUAGUUUCCAAGUCCUUUGAAGGAAAAACUGACUGCACAGAAGAGUGGUACGGAACCCAGUACAAGCAAGAAGCUAUACCAGAUGAAGUCAUUAAGAAAUGGCAAAAUGCUGACCUCAAUGGUAAAUUUAAACUUCCAACGAAGAAUGAAUUUAUUCCUACGAAUUUUGAGAUUUUAUCGUUAGAAAAAGAAGCAACACCGUACCCUUCUCUUAUUAAGGAUACAGCUAUGAGCAAACUCUGGUUCAAACAGGAUGAUAAGUUUUUCUUGCCAAAGGCUUGUCUCAACUUUGAAUUUUUCAGCCCAUUUGCUUAUGUGGACCCCUUGCACUGUAACAUGGCCUAUUUGUACCUUGAGCUCCUCAAAGACUCACUCAACGAGUAUGCAUAUGCAGCAGAGCUAGCAGGCUUGAGCUAUGACCUCCAAAAUACCAUCUAUGGGAUGUAUCUCUCGGUGAAAGGUUACAAUGACAAGCAGCCGAUUUUGCUAAAGAAGAUUAUUGAGAAAAUGGCUACCUUUGAGAUUGAUGAAAAAAGAUUUGAAAUUAUCAAAGAGGCAUAUAUGCGAUCUCUUAACAAUUUCCGAGCUGAGCAGCCUCACCAGCACGCCAUGUACUACCUCCGCCUGCUGAUGACUGAAGUGGCCUGGACUAAAGAUGAAUUAAAAGAAGCCCUGGAUGAUGUCACCCUUCCUCGCCUUAAGGCCUUCAUACCUCAGCUCCUGUCACGGCUGCACAUUGAAGCCCUUCUCCAUGGAAACAUAACAAAGCAGGCUGCACUAGGAAUUAUGCAGAUGGUUGAAGACACCCUCAUUGAACAUGCUCAUACAAAACCUCUCCUUCCAAGUCAGCUGGUUCGGUAUAGAGAAGUUCAGCUCCCUGACAGAGGAUGGUUUGUGUAUCAGCAGAGGAAUGAAGUUCACAAUAACUGUGGCAUCGAGAUAUACUACCAGACAGACAUGCAGAGCACCUCAGAGAAUAUGUUUCUAGAGCUCUUCUGUCAAAUCAUCUCUGAACCUUGCUUCAACACCCUGCGCACCAAGGAGCAGCUGGGCUACAUCGUCUUCAGUGGGCCUCGUCGAGCCAACGGCAUUCAGGGCUUACGAUUCAUCAUCCAGUCAGAAAAGCCACCUCACUACCUAGAGAGCAGAGUGGAAGCUUUCCUAAUCACCAUGGAGAAGUCCAUAGAGGACAUGACAGAAGAGGCUUUUCAGAAACACAUUCAAGCACUAGCAAUUCGUCGACUAGACAAACCAAAGAAACUAUCCGCAGAGUGUGCUAAAUAUUGGGGGGAAAUCAUCUCUCAGCAAUACAAUUUUGACAGAGACAAUACAGAAGUUGCAUAUUUAAAGACACUUACCAAGGAAGAUAUCAUCAAAUUCUACAAGGAAAUGUUGGCAGUAGAUGCCCCAAGGAGACAUAAGGUCUCUGUCCAUGUUCUUGCCAGAGAAAUGGAUUCUUGUCCUGUGGUUGGAGAGUUCCCAUGUCAAAAUGAUAUAAAUUUGUCACAAGCACCAGCCUUGCCACAACCUGAAGUGAUUCAGAACAUGACUGAGUUCAAGCGUGGUUUGCCACUGUUUCCCCUUGUGAAACCACAUAUUAACUUCAUGGCUGCAAAACUCUGAAGAUUCCUCAAGGGUGGGAAAGUGCAGGAGGAUGCAUCCCUGAGUCUUCCAGGGGCUAGGAAAACAACCUCGGCCACUUUAAUAGUUUUUGGUUCACUAUUCAAGAGACAAACAGGAAAAAAAAAAAGGAGUUUGUCAAAUGUCAUUAUGUAGAAAUAUUAAAAAUCCAAAGUAAUUAAAUUACAAAAUCUUAUAGAUGUAGAAUAUUUUUAAAUACAUGCCUCUUAAAUAUUUUAAAAAUUUUUCUUUUCAUUACUAAGAGAAAUUUCCCUUCUAUAACAGUACUUAAAAUGAUGAAUGAUAUUCCUGUAGAAUCUUCCCUUCCCUAUUCUGUAAAAUAGUCACUUGUCAGAAGACAAUGUGUUAGUUGUUUUUUUUUUCCCUAAAAGCCUCCUAAGUUGACAGAAAAGGCUUUAAAAACCUUUAGAAAGGUGUGAUACCUUUUUAAAAACUGAUCCUCAAAUUUGCUUUCUACUUGGUGGUUUCAUGUAAAUCAAUGGAGAACAUUAACAUUGGGCAGAUAAUGAACAAAGCUAAAAUAAUUUUCUUUUAUUGGUGAAAUUGCUGAUUACAUAAGGCAUGGUUUUAAUCUUUUUAUAAAAUUUGAACAUGUUUUUUAUUCAAACUAGUAAAAUGCUGGAAAACCUAGAACACCCUACUUAUUUACAAUGUUAGAAAUACAGACUUACCUUGCAUCAAUUUUGUCCCAAACUGAAUUUCUCAGGAUUACUGUGAUUUGUUUCUUUCUGAUUGAAUUAUUUUGACAUUCUUGUUCAUAAUUGGUUUGCAGUGUUCCAUCAGUUUUACCUUUUCCCAUCAAUAACAUUUAUUGUAUUUAUUUAAUGAGUACAAAUAGGGUCAACUUCAGAUCCCACUGAGUGUGUGACAUGCUUUUCCAACAUCAGCUAUUAUAAACACUUGUAACUUUUUACUGCCAUGAUACGGCAGUCAGUGUAUGAACCGAAAUAUUUGCCCCAUUAUGAAUUUAAAAGACAACAAGUACAAAGCCACCUUUUUGAAGGUACAAAAAAAUAAAGCCUUGAUUCUUAAAUAGUGUGAUCUCCAGAAGACUCUAAAAUCCCUUUUUGCUACCAGUCUAAUAUUGCCUUAAGUGUUAAGUUAUUUUUUGAAUAUAUAAAUAUAAACAUACAAACACAGAUGAAGACUGGAGUGGACUUUUAAAAACUAUUUUUUUCAUGAGAUACUAUUUUAGAUGAAUUGUUACUGUAGAUUUAACAGCUGUUUUGAAAUAUUUACUGUUGUUCAACCUUGCUUCAAGAGAAAUUGUGAAUAUCCUUCUACACCCAGGCACUAGUAACAGUCCGUACGUGGCCCCAUCAUCCACUAACUCAGGCAAAGAACAGGAUGGCAUUCUCCGAUGACAUCUUACCUCCACGGGAGUGAUUGGCCAGGACUUCUUUCUGUAGAGUCAUGUCUUUUCACACCUUAGGUUUUCACAUUUGCCAUUUCCCAGAUAAUCUACAUUUGGGGCAAGAAUGAUAGAAUCAUACCUGUGGAGGCUGCUUUCGAAAGCAGGGCUCCAUUUCCACUGUCAGAUAAACGUGGUGCUGUACCUGUCUUUUUACCCCUACCUGCAGGAGUUUCCUUGUGGGAAGCCUGUCUUUGUCCAUCAGAAGGUGCGUGAGCCAUCACUUCCUUCUGGUUUUAUGCAUUUGUAGACUAUGCAGCUUUUCAUCAAACUGCAAAUAUAUACAAGAGGGAUCUAAAAUUAGCCCUGAGUGUUUAAAUCCACCACUGUAAGAGUAAAUAAUCCACCUACCUUUUCUGUGGAGAAUUAUGUGCUAUGGAGUAAUUUUUAGCUCUUUUUAAAAAAAAAUGGGUGAAAUUUAACAGUGUCAUUUUUAUGAGAAAGUCACAUGAAGAAAUCUGAAAGGAAUCUCAUGUAGUCUUCCAGGAACCUGGAUUGUUGUGCAAGGUGUUCCAGCAUUGUCCAGUUGCCACAUUGGAUCUCGAGCUGCUGUUGGAUCACUCAGGCAUACUAAUGGAUUCAUCGAAAUGGGUCCAAGCUGCAGUCCAUGAGCAAUAACAGACUAUCCCGAAUACUGCUGUACUCAGUGCUUAAUAAAUGAGAUUUGUGGGAAACAAACUAAGUUAUUACUUAACGACUUUUUAAAAAAGUCUUUUUGCCUAGUUGAUGUGGAAGGGAGAGCAUGUGACACAGCCAGUAUGGUGGAGUGCUAGGGUAAUCCUGUUUACAAUAAAUUGCCUGAAUAUAA